AUGCCUUCUCUGGACGGGCAGUCAAGUGCCAGGCACGAAGAUCAAGACCACACCAGUUUGAAAGAGGACCCCCAGCAGGAACUCCUCUCCCAAGUGUACGAAUGGCUUCAUCAUGAGAAGACCAGGCGGCAAAAUCGUAAAGCCCGCAAGUCCGAAGCCACAUCCUAUGCACCACCUGAAGACGACGCGCCGGCAUCAGCCUCAGAUGUUCCCUUAGAAAAACCUAGCUCGAGUCCCUCCUCCUCAGAGAGCUCAUUUUCACUGGAUAAAUUGGAGAAGAUUCUCCUCCAAUAUGCGACUACCCGCCCGGAAUCCGCUGUCAGCACAGCCCACCGACACCCAGUCAAAAAGCAAUCCCGACGCCGCCUCAGGGGCCUGCGCAGGGGCUCUGCCUCCGAGUCGGAACUCACAGAUGCCGAGGCCCCUCCACCCGGCGUGGAGGCGUACCUGGACAACACGAAGACACUGGCCUACACCGGUGGCGGUGCAGUAGAAGAGAACGCCGAUUCUAGCGCAAGCGUGAAGCAAUCCAAGGAAGCAGAGGCCUGGACCAUUUUCAAGUCUGAAAUCGUUCGCCUGGUGCAUACCUUGCAGCUGAAAGGCUGGCGCAAGGUCCCCGCGGAGUUGGCGGGAGAUAUUGAGGUGGUCCGUCUCAGCGGUGCUCUCACCAACGCUGUGUAUGUAGUCGAGCCACCAAAGAACCUGCCUCCUCCCAAGUCCGACAGCAACACUCUAGUUUCGAGGAAGCCCCCACCAAAACUAUUGCUGCGUAUCUACGGUCCCCAGGUUGACCACUUGAUUGACCGAGAGAAGGAGCUACAAAUCCUUCGCCGCCUGGGAAAGAAGAAUAUCGGACCUCGCAUCCUGGGAACAUUCCUCAAUGGCCGCUUCGAAGAGUACUUUGAAGCUCGCCCCCUUACACACAAGGAGCUGCGCAUGCCGGAAACCGCCAAGCAGGUUGCCAAGCGAAUGAGAGAAUUGCACGAGGGCAUUACACUCCUCGAUGAAGAGCGCGAGGGUGGACCUAUGAUCUUCAAAAAUUGGGACAAGUGGGUGGAUCGUUGUGAACAAGUGACCACUUGGCUGGACAAGGAACUCGAGUCCCCUCAAAAUGAGGCUAAGGCCGCAGCAGAACCAUGGCGUCGUCGCGGAUACGUUUGCGGCGUAACCUGGGAUGUGUUCCGCAAAGCCGUGGAAAACUACCGCCGCUGGUUGGUUGCCAGCUCUGGUGGUAUGACCGAGAUCAAACGACAAUUGGUCUUCGCGCACAAUGAUACGCAAUAUGGCAAUUUGCUUCGCAUGGAACCCGCUACACAAUCACCCCUUCUUUUGCCUGCCAACGAACAUAAGCAGCUGGUAGUUAUCGACUUUGAAUAUUCAUCCGCCAACACACCUGGUUUCGAGUUCGCCAAUCACUUUACCGAAUGGUGCUACAACUACCACGACGAAGAGCGCUCUUGGGCUUGCAACAACCGGGCGUACCCUACACCAGAGCAGCAAUUCCAGUUUGUCUCAACCUACCUGACACACUGUCCCGGUGCCACCGGAACCGUUUCUCCCCUGGCCACACCCACUAUCCGGGCUCGUGCGAAUGCGGCAAUCGCACCGCUCGACCUGGACGAAGCAUCGGAUGGACCGUCAGCGCAGACUGAAGUUUCAAUUGAGGAUGAACACGAGAAGGAAGUGCGAUUCCUUAUGCAACAGACCCGACUAUGGCGUGUCAUGGGCUCUGCUCAAUGGAUCGCAUGGGGUAUCGUUCAGGCGAAGGUGCCUGGCAUGGAAGAAGGCAUUGCAGAGGCACUUGCUGCCAAGAACGGACCAGUCGAGGCCGAAAAGAACGGCAACGGCGAGGAGAAGAAGCCGCCUGUUGACGAAGCCGAGGAAGAAGGUGAUUUCGACUACCUGGCUUAUGCCCAGGACCGCGCCAUGUUCUUCUGGUCUGACCUGCUCGCUCUCAAUUUGGUCAAGGCCGAGGAACUGCCCGCGCCCCUGGUGGAACAUAUUCGCUCUCGACUUGUCGAAUACUAG